AUGUCGAAGAUUAUUGCUGUUCUGAGCGUGUUUUUGGCUGUUGCUUUUUCGAAUGUAAUUCCAACUCGGUAAGUGUUCUGCCAGACAGAAGUUAAUUUAUUAAUCCUUACACGUACAAUUGUUAUUAUUCAUUUUUCAUCAGAACCGGUUGCCUAUCAAAAACCGAAGAUUCCAUCGAAUUCAUUUUUAUCUUAUCAAAUUUCAGAUUCCGAAGACAGUAUGCGUGGGGGACGCCUUACUACGAAAAUACGCAGUAUUACGAAAGACGGCCUCAGCAGUGGUCAUCUCAGGUAUACGCGAAACAGCCGAUCAAACACUCAUGACCUUCGGUAAUAUUGCAGAACAACCAAAACUACUACUCGCCAUACUUCUACGGAUACCAGCAAACGUGGCAACCAGCGAAUCAGCAAAACGUCUACCAAUCAUCCUACAAUCGUCCGUCAUGGAUCUCCGAAAGCGGGAACGGAUACGCUACUGCGCCUCCGGAUUACACCCAGGGCAGCUACGCACGACCUAGGUACCUUGCCACAAUGCAGCCGAAACCAACACCUUUGCCUGUUGUUCUGGAAAGAUCCACUUUGUUCGUCACUCUGCAGCCUGAAGUUCUAAAAUCAUCGACAAGUGGGAGACAUCCAACGUUCUUAGAGCGACUCGGAGUGGCCACUCUUCCCGUUGCGCCAACAGAAACGAGUGGAUCUGAUGAGGAAGAUGAUAGGGAAGCAAAGAUUUUGAAAAACUUGGCGUCAUUGGAACAUGAGCAGUUGGGCAACGGAGAAUUGCUGCCAGAAAGAUCAAAUGAAGGUCAUUCGGCCGAAAGCAGCUCGGAAGUAGAGACAACAUCAACACCAGCGACGACGACUGAAGAAGAAAAGAGUACUACCAGAGACACGGAAUCUUCCUCCGUCGAAAAAGAUGAAAUUGCGUCAGAAGAGAUUUUCGGGACACUCACAACAACUACUCCAAGUGCAACAACAGUGACAGAAGAAGAAACGACGGAAACAACAACUACGGAAGAGUCUGUUGAAACUACUGAAGAAACAACGACUGUGCCAACAACCACGACAACUACUACAGAAGCCCCAACUACAACCACAACUAGUCCAACACUGGAAACUACUACCGUCACUACCACUACCACUACUUUGCCGGAAACCACCACCACCACAUCCGUUCCUUCGUCGACUGCUGCCAAAGAUGUGAAACCAGUAACUCUACUGGCAUUCCAGGAAGUGACCGACGGUAUGGAGUCAAUCGUCCGAAAUGUUACUCAACCGACCGUUGAUCACAACGCAACCGGUGCUGAUUUGAAUGAAACCGGAGAAGGGUCCGGAUCGGAGGCCGCAACAGCAGGAAGCGGAUCCUCUUUCUCGGCUGGAACCGUUGGACUACGCUCGCCUCCGCUGCCAAAAACAACUGAACCGGAGAAGGUCGGAGUCGAAGUUGUUGAGUGGACGGAUGCGGAUAACGAAGUUAGAAAGGUUCUUCUCACUCACUGA